AUGGCACAACAUGAAGAUGGAAUCUUCAAUAAUACACUCAGACUCUUAAACUGGGAUCACCUUAUCUGGGUCACAGGCACUCCUGUUAUGAGCAGCUCAAGAGACAUCAUGUCUCCUCUUGGACUCAUGUGGAGAAAGGUUGAUAUCGACUUGGAGGGUAUUAGUGAGAAGGUUGGUCGCCCGGAUGGCAAGGACAAGUUCAAUCCGCUCAUCAUCGACUCGGACUCGGAUGUAGAGGACGACCUCACAACCGCGCGAGUCGAAGAACAAGAAGCCCGCACCACUCUCGAGGAUUCGGGUCGGGCACUCGACGGCGCUGAGAUGGCAUCAUCGCCGUUGACUGAGGCAAAUGAAUGGCUUUUCGCUAGCGGAAAUGGCGAUGUUACAGAUCUAAACAGCCAGAUAAAGUCUAUCAUCGAUCAUAUUACUCACAAGUUGCCCUUUCUCAUAUCCUUGCCAAACACCCAGUCCAUCGUGGGAACCAACCACAACCACGAUGGAAAACAUUGCUUUAACAUGAGCACUACGGUCCUAGCACACAUAGCGCAGUUGCCCUUGUUGUCUCCUACCAAACGGCACAAAGAUAUCAAGUACAGCUGA